AUGUACGUGCUGGAGGGACUCUACGAGUCUGUGUACAAUGCGAGGUGGAGCCAUGUCGUGGAAGUUCCUGACGGCGAGGGGACGGGAAUGGAGGUGAAGGAGGGGAAACCACCGCAGUCAUGGACGUACAAGAAAGUUGGCUACACUCUUGAAAAGGAUGACGGUGAGGAGCAAUCCGGUGCACUGCGUCUCAGGCUGAUGGUGGUCACCUCGGACAGGGGAUGGCCGUACUCGUGGGAACGGGUGGUGAAUAAAUCCACUCGUAGCUGCCAUGUGAACUGUGAGGUGGAGCGAGUGUGGCAGAUCGUCCUUGACGAUUUAACCAAUUGGUUCAGGAGUCGCGGUAAGAACAAACCUUCGUCCAAUAAGCAUGUGUUGAUUGGGACGCCCGGGAUCGGGAAGUCGAUGGGCGCUGGCUCGUACCUCCUCUACCAGCUGCUGCACUACGAUGCGGAGCAACUCCCAAUGGUUGCGUACGUUAUUGCGGAUCGAAAAUACCUAUUUGACAAGACCACCAAAACGGUGAAAAAAUACGGUGCGGCGUCUAGUAUCGUGGAUGUUUUGGACGGGUUUUCUGGGCGUGGGGUGAAAGGGUAUAUUAUCUACGACAUUGCAAUGAAGGGUCAUGAACCGUCUACUGGUUUGCCUUGCAAGGGAUGGGGCAUGAUUGUGGUGACAUCACCAGACAAAAACAACUACGAAUCGUGGGUGAAGCAAAUGGGAGCGGAACAAAUCAUAAUGAAUUGCCCCGAAGAAAACGAUGUGAAGGCAAUGUGCGUUUGGAUGAAGCACAAUGGGCAGCUUGAGGAGGAAGAAGCGGAGGAACAAGCGGACUACUGGAAAAAGGUGAAGGAUCGCAUGGAUAAAGUGGGGCCGAUUCUCCGCUUCAUCUUUAAUGAAAAAAAGUGUGAGGCUCGCUUUGUCGCGUGUGAAGUUGCCGUGGAAGCAAUCACUCCUUCGAUGCUACAGUAUGACGCUGGUAUUGGGAGUGGCAAAUCGUGCGACGGCAAUAAUAUGUCUCACAAGCUUCUGAAGGUUGUCCGAGUACGACGAAGAAACCUUGAAUCGCCUUCUGAAUAUACUGAUAUCUCCCCA